GGGCGGUCCCGUCCCGUCCGGGAGGGGCAGCCGGUGUCGCCUCCGCCCGGUUCUCCCCGGUGCGGCCGCGCCAUGGGGCCGGGGCUGCUGCUGCUGCUGCUGCUGCUGCUGCCCUGGGGAGCGCUGGGGAAUGUGGGGGGCUCGGCAGGGGCCUGCACCUGCACCCACCGCUGGCCUUGGAAGCCCCCCCCCGCUGUGCGCCUGCCCCCCCUGGCCCCCUACGUGCUGCGGGCAGAUCUCUGCCCCAACCAUGUGCGCAGGUUUGUGCUGCCCCACAAGCAGAUCUGUGGGCUCCAGGACUCGCCGUGGGUCGUGGAGCUGCUGCAGCUCUGGGAACGCCAAGCAGCUCAGAGACCCCUGGCUGGACCCCUGGCUACAGACAGACCCCCAGAUGGACGCCCGGCUACAGACAGACCCACGGAUGGACGCCCGGCUACAGACAGACCCACGGAUGGACCCCUGGCCAGACCCCCAGCUAUGCACGGACCCCCAGAUGGACCCCCUGCCAGCCCCCUGGCCCCACUGAGUCCCCCAGCCCCGGAGGGACCCCCAGCCAGCCCCACAGUGAAAUGCAGCACCCCCUCAAGCAGCUCCCCCACACCCCACCCUGCCGUGAGACUGGGUGAGGAGCACGGAGACGAGUCUGGGGGGCAGCUCCUGGGGGUCCCCCAGGCCUUGCCCCCCACCCCAGCAGGCUGGAUCCACCGGGAAGCUGUGGGGCAGGACCCCCAGAUGCCACCGCCUGCUGUGGGGCCAGCCCCCCUUUCUGUGGGACUGGCCAUGGGGGUGAUCCUGCUGGGAGCCGGCCUGGGCCUGGUGGGUGUCCUGGCAUGCUCGGGGGGGCUGCCAGGGAGCAGGGAGAGGCGAGGGGCCAGGCUCCUCACCUCUGCCUGAGACCCUGAUGCCCCUCUCCUGCCCCACAGAUGUGGGGCCGGGGUACGACCCCCGUGAACUGCUCUGAGCCGAGUCCUGCUGCCACUCCCGAUUCCCGCUGCCGCCCCCGCAGUGUCGGGGGUAGUCCCCCCCUUCCCCACCAUGAUUAAACAGCCACUUUGC